UGGAAAGCAAAGGCAGAUGCAUUAAAGAGUAUGCCAAGGGAUAAGUGUGCAUUAAGAAGAGGCACCCCCCAUUGGCCAGAACUCGAGAAGCAUGUAGCAGGCAUGGUGCAUGAGCAUCGCCGCAAUGGUUAUGGAGUGACCCGAAACAGCAUACAGAUUUCUGCACUUCAGUGGGCCAAAUCACAGCAAAGGAUUUAAGGCCACUGUAUCCUGGUGUACUAGGUUCUUGGAAAGGCACGAUCUGGUACUGAGGCAAAAGACCAAAAUUGCACAAAAAUUCCAGCAGAUCUCGACUGCAAAGUAAUUAAUUUCCUUCGCUAUGUAAUAAAACAGCCCAAGAAACGCGGCUAUGCAUUAAGUCAGAUCGAAAAUUUGGAUGAAACUCCAAUGAAAAUAAAACCGUAAAUUCCAAAGGUGCAAAAACCGUGUUUUUAAAAACAACAGGACAUGAGAAGUCCAGUUUUUCAGUGGUACUAGCAUGUACACCUGGUGGUGCCAAACUAAGACCCAUGAUUAUCUUCAAAAGAAAAACAAUGCCAAAAACAAGUUCCCUGUUGGAGUUUUUUGUACAUGUGAAUGAAAAAGGCUGUAUGGAUGAAGAAGGGGUAAAGCUAUGGCUUGAAAAUGUUUGGAGUAGAUGACCAGGUGGACUUUGUAAAGAAUGUAGCCUACUGGUGUGGGAUAUGUUCAGGGCUCAUUUAACUCCCAGCACAAAGGAAAGGCUGAAAAGAAUGAACACAGACGAAGCGGUUAUUCUUGGAGGAUUGACAUCUUUGGUACAGCCACUGGCCAUUUAAGGAUCGCAUUCGUGAGCAGUGAAUGAGUGGAUGGUUAGCGGCAAAAAGUCAUUCACAAAAGGAGGAAACAUGCGUGCUCCACAGUUGGAUGUUUUGUGCAACUCUAUCAUAAAAGCCUGCAAUGAAAUUGAUGCAGAAAAAGUAAUAAAGUCU